AUGCAGGUAGCGUGGCUGAAAUGCAGAUUUCUAUGUGCGAGACUCCAGCGAACUUUCCCAGCACGGCCAGAUGUUGCCAUUCCACUUGCUCAACCCUCUAUUCAUCAUUUGCACAUACAAGUGGGAGACAAGGCAGAAUUAACCAAGACAUUUACGCAGGACGAUGUUGUUACCUUUUCGAAGUUAACGGGAGACACAAACCCAUUGCAUCUGGACGAAGACUAUGCAGAGAGCUCAAGAUUUGGCAGGAGAGUUGUCCAUGGUGUUCUGAUCAACGGGCUCAUCUCUGCUGUUCUGGGCACUAAGAUGCCUGGGCGUGGCUGCGUUUUUCUUUCUCAGGAAAUUCAUUUCCCAUCCCCGUUAUAUGUUGGAGAAGAGGUCUUAGCUGCAGCAGAAGUGAAGAAACUGAAGAGAUGUCUUGCUUAUAUUUCCGUCUCCUGUACUGUUGUAGAAAGUGGCAAAACAGUGAUGGAAGGCACUGUUAAAGUCAUGGUGCCAGAGGAUCAGAAAUCUCAGAUCUGA